AUGUAUAUCCCCCAAUCCCUCAAUGGCCGAGUGCCGAGAAGCUUCGGUCUUGAGAGAGAGCCUCGCUCCCCCGAUUUCGAGGUGGCAGCGCGUGCAGUCAAACACUACAAUACCGUCACAAAGAGACAGGUCUCGAUAACAGGUGGACAGACCACCAACCUGACCGUUGGUGUCACGGUGGGGGUGGCCAUCCUCGUAUUCAUUCUGGGCGCUGGAGCCUUUCUCUACUAUUACCGAGUGUCUCUCAAAAAGAUCAGUCGCCGUCGACAUCGUCGUCGCCGACGCCAUCACUCCCACAAGUCUUACAGCUCAAGGAGCUCAAAGAGCUCGGCCGACGACGGCCCAGCCUCUCAUCCACCUCCUCGAGGGCCGCCCUCCGCGCCACGCUCUACCGCCCCAUCUGCCACGCCUGCUGAUCCCCCUGCCGGCGCGCCGGCCGAUGCUCCAGCCGACCCUCCCGCAGACCCUCCAGCUGAUGCCCCAGCUGAUGCCCCAGCUGAGAAGUAG